AAUAUUUUUCUAUCUCUGUAGACUAAUUUUAAGAAAACGAGAUUGACAACAAGUGUGCUCUCAUUCUAUUUAUUUUUUGUUCAUUUUCGUAUCGAUUUUUGAAAAUGGUUCUUUUAUUUCUUUUUCUGCUAUCCACUUUACUGCACAUUUCAAUAUCAACGAGAGUUCAGUUAUCAACGGGAACAAUUGAAGGAAAAAUCUUGACUUCUACAUACUCUCCACUUGGAAAUCACACAGGAAUUGGGUUUUUGGGUAUUCCAUUUGUUGAGCCGCCAGCUGGAAAUCUUCGAUUUAGAAAACCACGACCACCAAUUCCUUGGGAUGGUAUUCUUGAGACAAAGGAAUAUAAGCCGGCGUGUAUGAGUGAUGCAAAAAAAACGUACAAAAAUGGAGUUGGAGGACCGAUUUCUGAAGAUUGUUUGUAUGCAAAUGUAUUUACAAACCAAUAUUGCAUGAAGCGUAAAAAUUGUUCCGUAAUGAUUGUAGUCCACGGAGGGAGAAUUUUAACAGAAUCCGCGUCCGCAUUCAAUCCUGAAAUUUUGGUGAACAAUUUUGUGGGCCAAGGCAGAAAUAUUGUAGUUGUGACAUUCAAUUAUCGUCUUGGAACUUUUGGAUUCGGAGUGCUAAAUGGAGAAAAGGGUGAUUCGAAUGUAGGGAUGUUUGACAUGUUGGAAGCUGUGAAAUGGACUCGAAAAGAAGUGCAUAACUUUGGAGGAAAUAAGGACAAACUCACAAUGGUUGGACAUUCUGCAGGUGGCUCUUUAGUUGGAGCGUUUACCUCGUCUCCACUCUCAAAAGGUAUGUUAAACCAGCAAAUUAUAAUGAGUGGAGCACUUUAUCAAAUGGGAAAACUCGCAAACUUCAAAGGAAUGACUGCAAUGGCACAGAAAGCUGGAUGUCUACCAGAGGUAUUCGGAUUCAGAAAACUGUCUCAAGUUCGAAUUGACAAGACUUAUUCAUGCCUUCGAAAUAUAUCUGCACAGGAAGUUCUAGAUGCUCAAUUAUGGGUCCUCCAGAACACUACUUACUAUAUCUCAGUUCCUCAUAUUGAUGGAGAAUUUCUACUCAAUUAUUCUGAUGAAAUAUUAGCUUCUGGAACUAUUCAUCCUAUCAAUUCAAUGAUAGGAACUACAACUGCCGAGCUGAGAGAUCCAAUAUACAUUAAUGAUCUAAAAAAUGCGGACAAAAAAGAAGAAUUAUUGAAAAAUUUAUGCGAGCAUAUUGGCUAUGAGCUUUAUACAGAACCGGAAGAGUUUUCUAGAAAAUGCCAGAAAUUUUAUGGAAACGGAGAUGAUGCUCAAUUUUUGGCGGAUGACAUGGAAUUUUAUGAUGGUUCUAUUAAAGUAGCAAAUGCACAUGCAAGUAAAAAUACAAAAGUCUUUAUGUACAGCUACGAUUACAAGGACGCUGGACCUGCUUUCAAAAAAUAUGCUCAAGCGCCACCGCCUCAUCAUUCGGAAGAUUUGAUCUACGUUUUUGGAACAAGCCGUGGAAAUUUUACAGAAAAAGAUUAUGUUAUUGAACAAAUUUAUAGUGGAAUGUUUGCUGAUUUCGUGAAUUUUGGAAAUCCAUCACCAUCAAAAGAACAAAAAUGGAAAGAAUAUUCUCCAGAGAAACGAGAAUAUUUUUUAAUUGAUUUUGACAAAAACUUUACUAUGCCUGGAACGAGAGAUGGGUAUUAUUCAAGAGCUUUAGAGUUUUGGAGCACUGCGGGUACCAAGUCAUUUUCUGAGCAUUAUUCCCCAUCACUCGACUCAUUUACCACUGGAAUUCUAAUUGAUCCUAUUGUUUCACAUAUGAAAGGAGUUGCAACCGGACCUGAUAAAACAUUUGAACAGUUUGAGAAAAUGCUCCUGGAAAGAGAAAUGUUUCUGAAAACUUUGAAAUCUGAAAGAAAAUUGGAACUUUUGAAGGAAAAAUGGAGGAAAAUUAGAAACGGCGGAGGAAGAAUUGUAGAGAGAGCAGGAAAUGCUCCGAUGGAAAUGAGAGAUGGGAAGAAGGGCAGUAGAGGUGGAGUCAGUCUCCUCUUAAUCAUCUUUGGCGGAACGCUUCUAGGUGGAAUACUCUAUGUCACUAUUUCACAUUUUUGCCUACAUCACAAAUCUCGGGAAGGAUAUCAGCUUUUGAAAUAACUUGGAAUAAAUGUAUCUCUUAUUCUAUAAAUUUUAGAAAACUUACUAUAAGUGUUGUUUGUGUUCUAAUGAAAAAAGUGCCAAGCUA